AUGCCUCAACGGAGACUGAGAUACUCUUCUGUUUGCACAUUUUGCAAGCGAAGAAAGACAAAGUGUGACAAGGGGAAUCCUUGCAGCACGUGUGUCAAGUACAAUAAUCCUCAUUGCGAGUAUGCCAAAGACACAAGUGCCGCUGCCCCUGUUCCCGUGAGACGUUCUUCGGAUGAACAGACUUACGCUGAAACCAUAAUGAAUGGAUUUUUCAACAACACAAGACCCAACAUGCACAAAAGCCGAUCCGCCUCCAUGAACCACCACAAUAACCAUCAUCUCCAUGCUCAUUCUUCAGAUGACUCGCUAUAUUAUUCAGAUCAUAAGAACGGCUCAGCUUCCACUCCUUCAGAUGUCCAUUCAGAAUUGGAAAUGCUAAAACGUAAGAUAUCCAUGCUCGAGAACUCCGUCAAGCUUUCAAAGUCCAACGACACAUCUCAGAUCUGGAGCGGUGGCCCUGAUGAUCUCUCGUAUUUGGUCGGGUACCAUCCAUACGAUUCAGAAACUGAAGAAUUCUCCUUCCAUAAUCGCUACAUUCCAUUUUUCAAUCACUGUGUGGGUUCGCCUCGUCACUAUGGUCCUCUUAGUUGGAUCGCCUUGAUCAAAAUCGAUAAUGCUAUAAACAGUAUGUUGGCGUAUCAGCACAGGAAUGUGCAGAUGAAGAGACAGUUUUUGAAGGAGCAGGAGCAAGCUGAGAUGCAACCAUCCGACAAGCUCUUCAAGGAUAAGAUUUUCCAAAGCGAUGCGUUUAACGACUUGUCGAUCAAUGACUCAUACCGUUCUACGCCAGAAGAAAGGCAAAGUAUCAGACAAAAGAUUAAUGACAGAGCCAAAGCUGUUGGUCUUACCUACUAUAAUGGUGGUCUAGAUUCGCUGUUGCAAUUGCUAGAUAAGAUAGAGCUAAUAUUACCCACAAGAAAGGUUAUAUGGCUUUUGAUCGACCGUUUCUUUGAUAGAGUCGUUUUGUUCUUUCCAUUUGUCGAUGAAUUCGACUUCCUUGACCACAUGGAACGUAUCUUGGGGCCCAGAAGUUACGAGCAUGAAAGAAUCGAGAAGCUUAAUGUGGAUAAAAAGACAGAUUUCCCUCAGCUUGGAAUGCUCCUAAUAUUCCUCCGCUUCGCUUAUUUGACCUUAUUCUCAAACAUUCAGGCAGAAAACGAUGCAAAGUUUAGCUCACUUGACCCCUCUCAGGAAAUCCAAACUGAAAAGUUUCUUAUGCAUAAUCCUAUUGAUAUCGACAUUCUCGAGGUCGCAGAGGCUUGCUUGAACCAAUUCAGUUUCUUGAGGUAUUGCACGCUACCUAUCAUGCAAUUAGCAUUGUACAUUAAGCUUUACUAUAUGUUCUCGCCAGAGAAUGGCGAAGUACCUGAAGACUCUCAUUCGCAGUCCUUCACAGCUUUGUUGAUCAACAUGGCCAUCAGUUUGGGCAUGCAUCGUGAUCCAGACAAUUUUGACCAACCAGUGAGAGAUGACAGGACGAAUAACCUUUGCCGUAAGAUAUGGAACUAUCUUUUGGUCUUUGACUUGAACGGUGCUAUCGCCAAUGGUACUCCAAUUUGCAUUUCAAAGGGUCUGUUCGACACUAAAGCUCCAUAUCAUAAGCCAGGUAAUGAGAAUCUCAGGAAUCCUGAAUCUGAGCAAGCUGUGAUUGAAGCUUUUUCUCGUGUUGAAUUAGCCUAUGAACCUUUGAUCACUACGAUUCAGUUGAUCGUCUCUGUUCAGCCUAUUUCCAUGCCGCAGCUCACGAACCGACUCAAUGACAUGGAAGUUGAUUUCGUCAAAGAUUUGACCAACUUCAACUUGACCCUAAAUCUGGAGGCCUCAUUGGCAGAAAGAAGAACAAACGUCCUUAGGACUAAGGUUUACUUCCAAGCCAAUUUUUUCUUCCUUGGGGUAAACUUCCACUUUUUCAACUAUUAUGAAAGCAAGAAUAACUUUGACUUGGCUUACUUCUACUUGAAGAAAGUGAUUGUUGUUGCAAUCUAUAAUAUGAUGCCUUUCUACGAGGAUUACGUUGAAAAGAGUACUCAGUACUUCGAAGGUACAACCGAUCUUGCCGUUACUCCUGGCUUCCAGUCUCUUGUGCACAAGUGUAUGAUUGUCAUCCUGUCCAUUAUGGCAAGAGCAAGGUUCUCUGUUUUAUUUUUCGAGAGUCUUCCAACCCAUAAUAGCAGCUUGUUGACAGAUACUGACUAUAAGACACGUUACGAUCUUAUUCAACAAACAUACAACUUAGCAUUUAGAUGCCUAAGGGUCAUUACCGACACAUUGACAAAAUUGAGUAGCAGGUACUACUACAGUUGGAGAUGUGUAAAGGCUCAAAGUGCAUUGCGUCAGACAUUCAAUGGUACUGAUUUUUACAUGAAUUGGUGCAAGGGCAAAGAGUGCUAUACGAAGUUCUCUAAUGAAAUGCUAGAGGAUCUCAAUGGCAUUUUGCAAAGCUCGCUUGAUCGCGUAAGAAGCCCUCAAGCUAGAGCUCCUAAUCCUACUGCUGAACCGCUGGAUGUUCCUGCCAUGAGCGGUUCGACCGUAGAUUCUGACUAUAGUGCCCAGACCGCCCCAGAUGCUGUGCCAUCUUCAAAUGGCUUUGCAACCAGGAUGCCUUCAAGUGGGCCUGAAAUCAAUUCAAAUGUUCCACAUCAGUCGCAAGAGAUCGACAAUUUAUGGAUGCAGAUGAUAUCUGACAAGCCACAAAGACACAAGGGAAACUUGUAUGGACGCACCCCACCAUCUAUGGACAUAGAUUUCGGGUUGGGCACUUUUGACCAUCUCAUUUUUGACAACUGGGAACAGGCGGGCGAUCCAAUUGAACCAAACGGUGAGACCGUACCUGAGAGCAUCAAUUUCCUCGACUCUCAAAACCUCGAAGAGAUCAUCAGGCUGGGUCCAUGA